CAAAGGCUAGGCUGGGCUCAUCUGUAUAGCGGCUGCCGAGCUAACAAUAGUUCCUCUAUUUUCUUUUGUAAGCUGUUCCUUUGAGCUGAGUCUUCAGUAAAAGCUUCAUUAUGGACCAAAACCCUGACUCUCCCAUGCUUCUUGGGAAGCAGAGGGGAGGAGCCUGAGCUUUGGUGUACUCAGACACAAGCUGGAGCCAGCAAUCAGUGUGGCACUGGAGAGAGAGAGGAGAAAAUGAUGGGCUAUCUGCUGCAAAUUCUGCUCGCGCUAUUUGUCUCUCUGCUAGGGGGGCUUUAUCUCCUGGGAGCUUUCCGCCGGCGAAGACCAGGGGAACCCCCGCUGGAUAAAGGCCCUCUGCCCUGGCUGGGACACGUGCUGGAGUUCAGGAGAGACACAGCAAAGUUCCUGGAGAGAAUGAAGAAAAAACAUGGGGACAUUUUCACAGUGCAGCUAGGAGGGUUUUACUUCACUUUCCUGACGGACCCACAUUCCUUCGGUUCGGUGAUCAAAGAGGCACGUGCAAAUCUAGACUUCACUGAGUUUGCACGACAUCUGGUCAAGCAAGUGUUUGGCUACGUUUGCCUAGAGGAUGACCACAAGCACAUCCAGACCUCCAGCAACAAGCAUCUGAUGGGCGAUGGGUUGGUUGUAAUGACUCAGGCUAUGAUGAACAACCUCCAGAACCUCAUGCUGCACAGCAUUGGCUCCGGUGACAAUGGCAAACCAUGGCAGGAGGCCGGGCUCUUCUAUUACUGCUACAACAUCGUGUUUCGCGCUGGUUACUUGGCGCUGUUUGGAAACGAGACUGCAAAAACUUCAGGAUGUUUGGAGAAAGCCAAGGAAACUGACCGAAAUCACUCGGAUGAACUCUUCCAUGAGUUCCGCAAGUAUGACCAGCUCUUUCCCAAACUGGCAUACGGGGUGCUGGGGCCCUCGGAGAAGAUGGAGGCUGAGCGGCUGAAGAGGCUCUUCUGGAACAUGCUGUCAGUGCAGAAGGUCAAUUCCAAGGAGAACAUCAGCGGUUGGGUGAUGGAGUCGCAGCAGGUACGAGCCGAAGAAGGCAUGGAUGAGUACAUGCUGGACAGAUACAUGUUCCUUCUCCUGUGGGCAUCCCAGGGAAACACGGGUCCUGCCAGUUUCUGGCUGCUCCUGUUCCUCAUGAAGCACCCUGACGCCAUGACAGCCAUCAGAAACGAGGUGGAGAAGGUUCUCCGGGAAACGGGGCAAGAAGUGAAGCAUGGUGGACCAUUGAUCAAUCUGACCAGAGACAUGCUGCUCAAAACCCCCAUUCUGGACAGUGCAGUGGAGGAGAGCCUUCGCAUGACGGCUGCCCCCGUCCUCACCAGGGCAGUCUUGCAGGACACAACCUUGAAGAUGGCCAAUGGGCAGCAGUACAACAUCCGCAAGGGUGACAGAGUGGCCCUGUUUCCAUACACCGCUGUGCAAAUGGACCCAGAGGUGCAUCCUGACCCACAUACCUUCAAGUACGAUCGCUUCCUCACCCCUCAAGGUGGCAAAAAGACCGAGUUCUACAAAGGUGGAAAGAAGCUGAAGUAUUACACCAUGCCUUGGGGUGCUGGGUCCACCAUGUGUCCUGGAAGAUUCUUCGCCACAAAUGAGCUGAAGCAGUUUGUGUUCCUCAUGCUCACGUAUUUUGACUUUGAGCUGAAAAACCCAGAUGAGAAGAUUCCAGAUAUUGACAUCAAGCGAUGGGGAUUUGGAACCAUGCAACCAACCCAGGACAUCCAGUUCAAAUACAGGCUCAGGUUUUAGGUUCACUCCUUAAAAAAGGUGCCACAAAGGGUUCUUUGAGAGAUGGCAUACAAGAACCACUUUGGGUUCCCUAAAGAAGCAUAUUUGAAAUAGAACAGUGGUUCCCAUUUUUAGUGUGAGCUGUGUGGGAUGCCCUGAGGACUGGUUUUUGGGACCUCUCAAGCAGAGAUUUGUGAGUAUGAAUAACAUGCGAAAGGGUGAAAGAAUCUUCACAUAUUGUAAAUGUUCUUUUGCAAUUGGGAACCAAAAGUGGCUCCUCAAUGGCAUUGUGUAAAGAACUUUUUUUGGAACCUUUAUUUUUAGCAGUGCCGAACAACAUCUUGCUUGUGCAAUGUUCCACUCAGCACUUAGCAGCACUUAACACGCACAAUUAACUCUUUAUUUUGUUUGCGUAAUAUUUGAUUUUUAGGUUCAUUAGAAAUUGUUGCAAAUGAACAUAACUUUACCUUUUUUGACAUUAAAUACACAAAUUAAGGGAUGAACUUAAUGCAUUCCCAGUGCAUGUAUGUGUGCUUUCCUUUAAUCAAAAUCAUGUAAUGCUGCUUUAUAUAUAUCUGUGUUUAUAAACACAAGACUUCAUUAAUCUGCUGGACAUUUAUUCCAUUCAUAAAAUUUGUUGUUAGACAUGACAUGUGCAACUGUAUUGUAGCUUUGCAGCCUGUCAAUAAACAUCCUGAAUAAAAUGCAUGUGGUGAAAGCUU